AUGUCCACCUCCGUGCAGGUGGAAACGGCGGCGGCAGAGCGUCGAUACGGCGGAGUGGGCCGUUGCAAGUGCUCCUUCUGGUUCGCCGUGGCCCACGACGUCCUGGGCGUACUCAUCGUGACGGCGGGGGUCUUCGGUGGCCUGGCCGUCCACGACCUUUUCAUCUACGCCGGCGGUAUCGUCAUUUUCCUCAGCCUCAUUUGGUGGGUCUUCUGGUACUCGGGCAACAUCGACGUGCCGCCGGAAGAGCUGGAGGACGACGUGGGCCUGGUCAAGCUCAAGAAUAAAGGAGCGAGGCGCGCGUCCGACCGGCUCUCCGGUGGGAUUCGGAACACUCUGAGAAAGAACCCCGCUACCGGAGCCCCGAAUCGUCACAGCGUGUCACUCUUCACCAUCUACGACGACGUCGUGGCCUCGUCGUCGUCGUCGAAGAAGAAGCUCACCAGAGAGACUCUGUCCAUAUAA